UAACUUGUAACCUCAACUGCUCAAAUUCAUGACUAAAUCGAGAAAAAUAGCCUCUUCUUUCCUCCUUAAAAUGAAACUCGCCCUUUUUAUCAUCAUUUCAUCCUUUCUUAUUAUCUCCAAAGCUCAACUUACCUAUAUCCACCAAGAUUGUUACGAUAACUAUGGAAGAUACGGCCUUUUAAGCAACUAUAGAGCCAACCUCGAAAGAGCCAUCACCGAACUCACAACAACUGCAACAACCACCUACUUCAGCAACUACACCACCGGCAUCGGCCAAGACAGAGUUAACGCCCUAUAUUCCUGUCGAUACGAUGUCUCCCCUCAAGUUUGCCAAAACUGCUUCGCUAGUACCACCAGAAACAUUUCCUGGUGUUUUUCUAGUGUCGAAGGCCUCAUCGCUUACGAGGAAUGCACCUUACAUUACUCGAACCGAUCAAUCUCCGGUCUCAUGGAAGAUCUACCCCGGUUAUAUCAUUACAGUACCGGAGUAGAAGAAACUACCCGUUUUACCCUCGUAUUAGAAAAUACAGUUACUGAUCUGAUCACCACCGCCGCCUCUGAAUUUCUUAUAUCGUCGCGGUACUUUGCCACCGCGACUGUGAGAUAUUCCGGUAGCGAAACCAUUUACGCGCUAGCGCAGUGUAAUCCGGAUAUUACCUCGUUUGAGUGUAGAACAUGUUUGCGAACUGGUUUCGAUGGGUUUACAAGUAAUUUUACUGGCGCAAAUUAUGGACAGAUUUUUAUGACAAGCUGUAGGUUGAGUUAUAUAUUGUCUAGUGAGGUGCCGAGUCGACCGUGGAGAUUUGCGCAAACUUUUCUACAAUUAAAUCAACCGAGGUUUACUCCUCGAUACUUCUCUUCGAUAGGAACACGAAGAAGUUCAAUCGUUGGUGCAAUAAUAGCAACUAUUAUGAGUGUGGCAUUAUCUUUAAAGCUUCUGCAAUAAGGAAGUAAUAGUCAAUCAUGAUCUUAUGCUUCAUUGUGCAAAUGUAUAUGGCUAGCUUUGCCCCUACUUUUCGGGUGUGCUUUAAUUUGUAUCGUCUGCUUGAUUGCUUAUCCAAUGUUUUUCUUCAUAUUCAUAUACUCAAUAUGCAUGCAGCUUGUGUAGUGUAUUUGCUUGGAAUACUAUCUUGUUUUCAUUUA